AUGUCGCAAUACAUCGGGAAGACCAUCUCGUUGGUGUCGAACAACGACAAUCGGUACGUGGGCCUUCUGGAGUCGAUCGACUCGGAGCAGGGCGUGGUGACGCUGAACAACGUGCGGUGCUUCGGCACGGAGGGCCGGCGCGGCGGCGGGGCGGACGAGGUGUACCCGAACCCGGCGGUGUACAACUCGGUGGUGUUCAAUGGGAACGACGUGAAGGAUCUGAGCAUCCUGGACUGCGCGCUGGAGGAGGUGCAGCCCGCGCUGCCGCCGCAGGUGCCGGCGGCAGUCGCGGGGUACGGCGUGUACGCGCCGGCGGCCAGCGAGGGCGCGGCGCCAGCGGCGGCGCCAGCGGCGGCAGCGGCGCCGGCAGCGGCGGCGGGCGCGGUAGCGGCAGGCGCGGCGGGGCGGGCCGGGGCGGACUUCGACUUUGAGCAGAGCAACGCGCGGUUCAGCAAGGGCGCAGCGGCGGGCACGGCGGGCGCGGAGGCGCCGGCGGCGGCGGCGGGCGAGGAGGUGUUCUACGACAAGAAGUCGUCGUUCUUCGACAGCAUCUCGACGUCGACGGAGACCAACACGAACAUGCGGUGGAAGGACGAGCGGCAGCUGAACAUGGACACGUUCGGGCAGGCGAGCGCGCGGCCGCGCAACGGGCGCGGGUGGUUCCGGGGGCGCGGCGGGCGCGGCGGGCGCGGGCGCGGGCGCGGCGGGCGGCGCGGCGGCGGCGGUGGCGGCGCGCGGCCGGCGAAGGUGGAUUUCUAG